GGACGAUCGAGAGAGGUUCGACGAAUCGACGACAGGGGGAAGGCGAGAUGAUAAACGGUGGCAAGAGGGAAACGAGGAACCGGGAGCAGAGCGGACGUUCGGCGAUCGCUGACGCGCAAGAAACGCGCCCCGUCGUAGAUAAAAGAAUCGAUGUGAAAACAAAGACAAUUUGCACGCAAACAUCCAUGGAAGCCGUUCAGUCGAACGAGAAAAAUUUGCACGAUGAAGCAGCAACUGACGCGAAUCAUUUCGGCGUUUAUUUGAAACAAAAACAAUCCUCGGUAUUUUGUAUCGACGAGGAUCCUGCCCCCCAAUGGCUGAUCGAGGAAGCCCUCGCCAGGGGGACUGAGCGCAUCGAGCAACGGACAAAGGGGAAAAUAUCGCCGAACAAGGAGGCCGAAUGCGUGACAAUUAUAUCGGAACUCGAGGCAAAGCUCAGUCGCACGAAGGAAGACCUCGAGGACGCUUUAAAGGCGAAAUUCAUCGUGAAAGAAAAGUACAAGAGGUUGCUGGAAAACGCGAGAACUGAAGCUCGAAAGGAGAGCGAAGUGUUGCAGGAGAACAUCGUGCGAAUUUGUACUUCCGUUUUGGAGAACUUUGGUCCUCGUUCGAUGGAUCGUAAAAAGACUGCCUGCUAUCAAAUUAAAUCUCACGGGAAACUAAAGUGUCACCAGAGGAUUACGAAUAAAUUACGUAGAAAGCUACAAACGGCAGUGACGAAAUCGAACAAAUUGAAACGGAGAUUAGCCACGACUCGGAAAAAGUUGAGGAACAAAUCUGAGGAGUACGAGUCGAUCAGCAAAUGCUUCGACCAGCUGAAGCAAGAAAUGGAGGCAACCGAAACGAAUUUGAACGGUCUGAUAAGCGAGAAUCUUUCCUUGAAGAGGAAGAUAGACGAUACGCGGGACUGGUUGAAGCACACCGUAGGAAAGCAGCAUCAUACUGGGCACUUUCGAGACGCGUGCAAGAGCAGAGAGUUGACGAAUCUGAAGAAAAAGGUCGAGGAGGAUUCGGCGACCAUUGUUCAACUUAGAAACAAAUUAGUACGGCUCGAAUCAGCAAACGCCAACAAGGGAUUUUUACUGAACAGCUACAAAGCUCAGCUGGCCGAUUUAACUAAAGAGAAGAAUCAAUUGUUAUCUAAAGUGAAUGGUUUGGAGAACGAAAUCAGCAAUACUCGAAACAGUAAUUCGCAAUUGAGAGCAAAAAUUUUAGUUUUGAGUAACGAGAAAGAUAGAUUACUCUCGGACAACGAGAAAUCCAAAGCGGACACAAAGGAAAAGAUGGAAAUGCAAUAUGCCAAAAGAUGUGAAGAAGCAGUGCAACUGGAAAUUGAGACCAUUAAAAAUAAAUACGAGGAGACUAUUAAAUUUAUGAAAACAAAGUUGUUGGCCACUGAAACUCAAAAUGUCGAGUAUUUAAACGCUAUCAAAGAGUUUCUGAAGAAACUCUACAAACAGCGAAAUGAUGAUCGCGAAGCGCAAAAAUCAAACGAGAGCGAGGCAGGUGAAAAGGAAACUCACGAAGCUAUCUGCAACAUUUUGAAUAUGACGCCCGAUGAAUUAUCCGGAUUUAUUAAUGGAAAGACCAAAAAUUCGAUUAAUCCAUGGAUAAUCGAACUAAAUCGAAUAAUUUCAACGAGUCAGUUUUCUAGUGAUCUAUCAAAGUUUUUAUUGAGAAAGAUGAAGAAAAUAAAGAUGUAACGAAGGAUCAGAGGAAGAUGAGGUUCCAUAUAAGUUCUUCUCAAAAUCGUUUCCCUGUAUAUUAAUAAACAAAAUGUACAAUGCAACAUUGUGUUCAAUAUAAUUUAGUAAUAAAUACAGUUCGCCUUUUUCUAAAGAUUUCGUACAUAAAAGAAAUUGUCUGGAAAUCGUCACCAACCCCUGUGAUACGUAAGUACUUUGGCUCUUUACUGUAAACUAUAUUGAAUUUAUAUUCGACGAUGAGAAAUCGGUACAGAAAAAUCUCGUUAAAAGAAUUCUGUGUUAAAAA